UCUUUCCACAUACGACGUGAUUGAUUGAUCUCACUAAUUUAAGCUUUCAGUAUUAAAUCGAAUGUAAUGUGAAGUGUGUGAUUGAAAUUUUUUAUAAUGUUUUAUAUCAUUUUCAUAUAUUUUAUAUUUCAUCAUAUAAUACCAGCUGAUUUUAAUAAAUUUGAUAUAAUUAUUAUACCAUUAUUAAAUGUAAAAGGCACAACAAGAAACGAUGAAAAACUAAAUCUAUGGUCGCGAUAUAAGAAAAAUAAUGAUGAUGAUUUAAAACUAGACAUACAACCGUACGACGAAGCAACGGAUAUGGUCGAUAUUGAUAGCUUCGAUUAUAAUAAAGAUCGCGAUAACUUAUACUUAUCAGAAAAAGAUAGUAGCCCUCAAAGAAUAGGUGAAGAUUUGUCAGCAAAUUAUGGCGAGGAUAAAAUUGUGGGCGGUUUUGAGGUUGAUAUCAAUUUGUACCCAUACCAUGCCGCAUAUGGAAGUAAUUGCGGAGGAGCGAUAAUUGACAAAAAGUGGAUUUUAACAGCUGGACACUGUGGAAAGAAACCAUAUGUAAGAGUGGGUUCUAAAUACUUGAACCAGGGCCAAAAAAUACCUGUAAGAAGAAACAUCAUCCAUCCAAUGUGGACAGCAAAGAAUAAAGAUCAUCCUUUCGAUUACGACUUUCAACUCCUGGAACUCGCUGUACCAUUGAAAUUUCAUGAAAACAUACAACCAGUUAAAAUAGCCCACGUAGAAGAUAUGGUAAUUGGUAAAGUCGUUACAGUUACUGGAUGGGGUAAUACUGAAGAAAAUGGCCCUUAUUCAAAUGUUUUACGCGCGGUUCGAGUGCCAAUUAUAUCGAAAGAAAAUUGCCAGCUGGUACCGUUUCCAUAUUUUCGAGGAAGCCUGACUUCUAGAAUGUUCUGCGCGGGAUUUUCCGAAGGAAAAAAGGAUGCCUGCCAGGGCGAUUCAGGAGGACCCGCUGUGGCCUAUGAUAGACUUUUAGGUAUGGUAUCGUUUGGUUAUGGAUGCGCUACUCCUGGCUCUUUUGGUGUUUACAGCAAAGUGUCUAAAGUCAGACCUUGGAUAAAAGAAAUUACAGGAAUGAUAUUAGAUUAACCUGAAACAAAAUUAAAUAUUAUUUUUUAUCCGUU